GACACAUUUUCUCGAUAAUUUAUUCACGUGCAAUAGUGUUUUUCUGCUAUGUAAAAAGUAGAAAUUGCAAUUGCAAUUCUAAUCAGACUCAGUCUUACCGUGCCGCAGUGAAAAUGGAAAGCAUUCUAAGCUGUCCGAUAGUUUCGGUGAAUGCUCGAGUGUGGCGCUUUUGGUCGUUCGUUUUGAAGCACGACGCCAUGCGUUAUAUCAGCAUUAUACCGGUAACCGUGAUGACGUUCUUCAUGUUUCUUGAUUUGGGCCAUUCGUGGGGCGACUUUCAAGACGUCAUAAUCAAGGGCUACUUUGCUGUGUUGUAUUUUAAUGCUGUGCUACGGACGCUCAUUCUUGUGAAGGAUCGUAAGCUGUACGAGAACUUUAUGGAAGGGAUUUCCAAGUUUUAUUUUGAAAUUUCUCGUAUCGACGACCACCAAAUCCAAAGCCUACUGAGAAGUUACACGGCACGCGCUCGGAUGCUAUCAAUCUCCAACCUGGCCCUCGGUGCCAUCAUCAGCACAUGCUUCACAGUUUAUCCAAUGUUCACUGGCGUGCGGGGUUUGCCAUACGGAAUGUACAUCCCUGGCGUUGACGGUUACCAAUCACCCCAGUACGAAAUCAUUUACUUGGUGCAAGUUGUCCUAACAUUUCCCGGUUGCUGCAUGUACAUCCCUUUCACCAGUUUCUUCGUGUCGACUACUUUGUUUGGCUUGGUUCAAAUCAAAACCUUGCAGCGUCAGCUGCAGACAUUCAAGGAUGGCAUAGGAAGCCAUGGAAAUAAAAACGCCAACUUGCAAGUUAUAAAGCUUAUCCAGGAUCAUAAACGAAUUAUUGCCUACGUUUCGGAGCUGAACUCGCUUGUGACUUACAUCUGUUUCGUCGAGUUCCUCUCAUUUGGGUUGAUGUUGUGUGCUUUGCUUUUUCUUCUGAAUGUCAUUGAAAACCACGCGCAAAUCGUCAUCGUAGCCGCCUACAUCUUUAUGAUAAUUUCGCAAAUUUUCGCCUUCUACUGGCACGCUAACGAGGUUCGGGAAGAAAGCAUGAACAUAGCCGUAGCAGCCUACAGUGGUCCAUGGGUCGAGCUGGACGAUUCAAUCAAGAAAAAGCUCCUGCUGAUAAUCCUGCGGGCUCAGCAGCCUCUGGAGGUGAGCCAGCAAACAUCCUUGCGAAGACCCCAUAAUUUAUACAUACAACUUCUCUCCUCGACUUCUUGGGCCUUUUCCAUUCCCGCAGAUCACAGUAGGCAAUGUCUAUCCGAUGACGCUGGAAAUGUUCCAAUCCCUCCUGAAUGCAUCCUACUCGUACUUCACCCUGCUGCGUCGGGUUUAUAAUUAAAAUGGAAAAUAAGAAAUGGAGACAACACGACAUCGAUCGACCGACUGGCUACAGAACUUCUUGGGCUAACGAACGCAGAGGGUUGUUUGCUUGGAGUUGGGGGCUUUUUUCAAUGGAGUAGGAUCUCACUUUUUGGCAUCUGCACAGCAGGCUUUGCAAGCUUUAGCUUUUACACAGAGUGUUUCACAUUUUCUGCUGCAUUGCACAAACAUUUACCUUUUGUUGUUUGGCUAUUCAUGUGGAAGAAGUGGAGAGUUCAGCUUUGUUCCGAUAAAUUUCAGCAUCAACAAGCAUGGGUGGAUAAACAAAUGCAUGUUUAGAAAUAUAUGUGCAUACAUACAUAGGAAUGUGUAUCUGCUGUAAAAGUAAGAAAUCCUUUCUUAGAUGCUGUUUUUUUUUCUAUUGCUGUGUGUAUAUGAAUCAUUGUAUCAAU